AUGGGCUCCUACCUGUCUCAGCCGGUCACUGACAAGGAGUCGUGUUACGGAAGAGGGAGGGGCCAUGUCUGGGGAUGCAGCGCUAUGCAGGGCUGGAGAACUGGCAUGGAGGACGCCCACAUAGCUGUGUCUGGGCUUGGGGACGAGCUGGACGAGCUUUCCUUGUUCGGCGUGUUUGAUGGCCAUGGCGGUGCGGAGGUAGCGGCCUUCUGCAAACAGCACCUUCCCGAUGAGAUCCGAAGGCAGUUGCGAAAGCGGCUGGCGGAUGGAGCAAGGCUGUCUGGAGAUGUACUGGGAGAGGCAUUGAUCAGUGCCUUCCAUGCUAUGGACGACAUGCUCCGAUCUCCGGAGCACGAGCGUCAGCUCCUUGCUCUGAAGCAGGCAGUCAGGCCAAGCGCAAAAGGAAUAGGAGCAGCAGCUUCCUCAUCUUCAGGCUCCUCCUCGGACUCAGGGUCCUCUUCUGGCUCCGAUUCAGAGGCUGAAGAGAAGGAGGAUGGCAAGAAGCCUCGUGGGGUCCUGUCCCUGCUGUCCAACUCCAUCCAGUCAACGCUGGAGCAGGCCAGAGACAAGGGUUCUCUGUCGAGGGAGGAGGCCAAGCAGGUAAUGAUGAAAAUGGCCCUUCUCAGGAGACUCGAAAGCAAGGCUCCAUCGCUCAGUUCAGAUGCAGCUGCAGCAGAUAAUGUCGGGUGCACUGCUGUUUGUGUCCUGCUCAGCGACACGGAAAUCGUGUGUGCCAAUGCAGGGGACUCACGAGCCGUUCUGUGCCGAGGCGGAUCCCCUGUCGAGCUCUCGCACGACCACAAGCCAAACGAAGCUGGCGAACGAGAGCGCAUUGAAGCUGCCGGGGGGCGCAUCGAGGAGAUCCCCGUGGGAGCACGCGUCCAUUACCGUGUGAACGGCAACUUGAAUCUCUCGCGUUCCAUCGGAGACCUUGAAUACAAGAAGCAGCCCGCCUUGGGCCACGAGCGACAGAUGAUCUGCUCCACGCCCGACAUCGUCAAGAUGGCGUUGAACAAGGAGGAUGACUUCAUCGCGCUUGCAUGCGAUGGGGUCUGGGACGUGAAAACAAACGCAGACGUCUGCAGUUUCGUCAAGAAGCGUCUGGCUGCUGGAGAGGAAAUCGUGCCGGCAGUGGAGGCUUUGCUGGACGACUGCAUUGCUGAGGAUCCGAAGAAGGCCAGCUUGCGGUUUGACUUGAACAUCUUCAAGCCAAGGCCUUCAAAAUGGCAUAGGGAUCAUCCAGGAAUUCGCGUGGCGUGUAACACGACGUCUUUACAAGCUGCCUGCUAUCAUCAGAUGGGAGCCGAUUGA